UCCUUUACAACAACAUAUAACUCGGACAUUGUCUAAUUUGCCGGAUCAUGCUUCGUCACAUUCCCCAUCCGGAUCUCAAAAUUCAAAUUUGAUACCAAUUGACAAUCAACUUAAGGAUGCUAAUAUGAUAAGUAAUGAUCAAUUAAACCAAAAACCUGCAAGAUCUUUGGUGUCUGUAGCUUCUCUUAUGAAUAAUGAUCAAGCACGUUCAGGAUUACGAAUUCCACAAUCAUAUCAAAUGGAUCGUUAUAUUAAGCAAAACAAUAUACAAGCACGUAGUGGUAUUCGUCCUCCAAGUCAAGUUCCUUCUGGUUUAAAGAAAAAUAAUAAUCAAUCACGUUCGGAAAUUCCAAGACCUCAUACUGCAAUUAUGAAUCAUACAUCCAUAGAUAAUAGUGUAAAAACUCCUAAUGGAAUUUCAUCUUUAAAUCAACGGUUAUCUGCAGUAACAAAUAAUCAUGAUCAAUCGAACAUCGGCAUUCCAUCAAUGAAUUCUUUCUCGCCUCAACAGCAAAGAUAUGCGGCAAUGAAUAACAAUAAUCAAUCACCUAUUGCUACACGACCUUUACUUCCAAUACCUACGAAUCAAUCAUUUCCCACUGGAAAUGCUGAACUUGGUCCUCAAUCUAUGCUUGUACCUCCGAUGCAGCCUAUACAACCAAAUCCACAACAAUCAUGGCCUACUUCGUUCAAUUCAUUUUAUAUGAUUCCUAACUCUAAUGAAAGUAAUCAAUAUGGAUUAAUGCAAACUUAUUACGGACCAAAUCAAAAUCAAAUUAGUUUUGAUGGUCAUAAUGCAAUGCAUAACUCUUUGAUGAAUGAAAAUCCUAAUAAUCAUAACGGCCAACCUAGAAAUAGUCCUUCGACUCCUCAUUUACAACCAAUGGGGCAAAUUGGCCAAAUGGGACAAUCUUUAAGUCAAAGAUAA